AUGUCUCAAGAGAUGAUGAAAGAUCCAUUUGAUUAUUGUGAUUCACCAUCACUAGCCUCCGACGAUGGCCGACCUAAUGAUGAAAUAAACAAUAAACUGAAUUUAUUAUUAACUAAUAUUGAACGCAUCGAUAAAAACGUUUUAAAAUUAAAUCAAAUAAUAGAUAUGCUAGUAUCAAAACAAACAAUAAUAGAAAUAACAUUAAGUAGUAUAAAUGCCGAUUAUGUAAACACACGAGAAAUUAUUGAUAAAACCGAAACAUCAUGUUCCAAAAUAUUAAGUAUUAUUGAAGAACGAGCCUUAUCUUAUGAGCAUGCAAUUGCAGAUGCGGCACAACAAAUUCAAACAGUUACGGAAAAGGCUACCAAUCGUCAUAUUUUUGAUCAAGAAAAUUAUAAUCAUGAAAUUUCUUCGAAUUUUGUAACUACAGGUGACAAUGAUACGUAUAUAUCAGGUGACGUAAAUAAUGAACCACAAGAAACGGCAAGCAGUGCUUCUAUGGUUGUGAAAGCAGCAAAUGAUAUCAUUCAUGCACCAUUUGAACCAACAGCAAAUAAUAAAAGAAAAACAAGCGAAAAUGAUUUAUUACAAGAUAUUAAUGGUCCAGUACUACAGGUAUCAACAUUAACAAUUACAAAUCCAACAACACAAGAAAGUUAUCAAGUAUAUACGGAAAAAUACAAUCGUGCCAAGAAUGCUGCAGAAACUGAAUUGUUAACUGGAGAAAAGGGAUUUAAUCAUUUGUUAUCCUUUUUAUUCGGUGCCAUAUUUUCUACUGAAGAAUUGAGAGAGAGCUCCAUUAAUGGCACAGUAAAAGGAACAAAACCAUUAUGCCCACAACGUGUUCAUACAAUUGACCAACAUAUGUAUAAUAUUUAUGGUCAACGAUAUAGCACGUAUAGACAAACAAAAAAGUUUAAAGAUACCAUAAAUAAAAAAUGUUGUCGAUUACGUUGUAGAUCAUUAGAUUGA